AUGAAGUCCAUUUCUCUCUGAGAAAAACACACUCCAAUUUCCUCUCUCCCAAAAAUACUUCAAUUUUUGUCUUUUUCCAUGUUUCAUUCCCAUUCUUCUCUAAAGUAGAAAUUGACACAUUUGAUUAUUUUUUUCUCCCCUGUUUUCAUAAAGGAACUCUUCGAUCCUAAUAUAUUAAUACAGUAUGUCAGAAUUCAAUUGAUCAUAAAUAUUUCUCUUUCUUCUCAACAUCCAUCUUAUAAUAAUUCGUAUUUAUAAUUAUAAGAUUAAAGUUAAGGUAUUUACUAUUCGAGGAAAUUAUACUAAUUAAAUGUCAAAGCGAAUAAGAGAGAGUGAUGAAAAAGGUAAUAAACACCCAAUUUAUAGAGGAGUUCGUAUGCGAAGUUGGGGAAAAUGGGUGUCUGAAAUUCGCGAACCGCGUAAAAAGUCACGCAUUUGGCUCGGGACUUAUCCAACUGCAGAAAUGGCGGCUAGAGCACACGACGUCGCUGCAUUGAGCAUAAAAAAGGACUCAUCGAUUUUAAAUUUCCCUCACCUAAUUGACUCAUUGCCUCGCCCAAUUUCACUCUCACCGAGAGAUGUUCAAGCUGCUGCAGCUGAAGCAGCUGCAAUGGAGGAUCUAAAUUAUGUCUCUUCUACAUCCUCUGUUAGUUCAAUUGACAAAAUCACGUCGGCGUCGGAGGAACUGGGUGAAAUUAUAGAGCUUCCAAGCUUGGACGGAAGUUUUGAGUCGGAAGAAUCGAAGACCGAAUUGAAGAUCAGUGAUUCAGUGGACGGGUGGCUGUACCCACCGUGGUGGGCAUCAGAUGGCGACUUUGAUGGGUAUCUUUUUGAGCAAGAUGCUGUUGGAAACAGUUUAAUUCUUAGCAACUUUGAAAUGAUGAAAUAAGAAAAAUUUGUGUGAUUUUUUUUCCCUUUUUUAGACAUUUGGAUUUUCAUGAACAUGUUUAUGUAUAUACAUAAUAUAAAUAAAAAUAAAAAUAUUUAUUAGUUAGUAUA